GCGACAGCGUACAAAAACGUCGCACCGUUCACCGAUCACACUCAUAUCUCAUUUGUGAGCACUGCUCGUAGACCUCGUUUUUUCGAUCUCUUCAAACCACCUUCCCUUCCGCCAAGAUGCUACGUGUUGCCCUUGUGGCCCUGUGCGUAACGUGCGUUCUCGCACAAACGCCAGCCCGUCCCGUCAUCAGGCCAGAGUUCAUGGCAGAGUUCGAAUACCGUGAUGAGAGUCACAACCACACGUCAGAAGGACGAGGACAUUGGGCCCACGACUCCAUUGGUCGCCGUGCCGUUGAUCACAUGGAGGAGCACGAGCGCCCCGGCGAGAUGCCGCACUUCGAGACCAUCCUGUGGCGCUUUGACGAGCACGUGGAGUACUUUCUCACUGGACCACGCAACCAGAGCCAUUGCGAGAAGCACGCCCUGAACGGAUCCGUGCCAAACCCAUUCGGCUGGCUGGCGCAAGCACACUACCAAGGCAAACACGAGGUUCCUCCUCACCAGGAGCUCGAGGUCUGGGGUGCCAAGGUUGCUGAUACCACAUUGGAGGUUGGUGUCACCUCAGAGAACACCAACACGCCAGUGGUGUUCAUGUCACGUUCCUCAGGCCGUUCGCGCAUGGUUCACUUCGACCAUUUCACGCAGACAACGCCGCCCGCCGCCCUGUUCGACGUACCCGAGUCGUGCAGCAGCCGCUCUCAGCCAUCUCGUCGCCAUUAAAAUUAUUGAUUUUGGUGGUUUUAUCGGUCUCGACCCCUCACCAAUAGGCUCCAAUUGGCCUGAAAACACAAACUGGAUGCCGCGAAAGCUUUGGACGUGAGAUGGACUUGUAUCGUAGACACAGAACACGGAAUUCUCUUGUUUUUCACACAACAAUACAUUCUGGUCAACGAAGCGACUCUGUCACUUUGCCCAUCUAUCACAAGACGUCAUGAUUCUGCCUUUUUGUCGCUGGUUUCACUGAAAUUUGUUAUCUUAGAAUUCUUUCCACCGCGGGUAACUACACUCGAAGCACAAGAGCUGGUCUCUAUUCCAUUAUAACAUUGUGUUGACAUAUACCAGCUAGUCUGGCUUGCGCUAUUGUUGGGUGCGCUCCAAUUGCAUACUUAGAGCGGACUAGAAAUCCUUUUUUUUUAAUGUAA